CAAUCACCCACACAAAAGCAAACAAUCAGUCUCUACAAUGGCGGAAACGUUCUCUAGCGGCGAGGCCCAAUAUUGGCCCAUAUACGGUAGCAACACCACCGGCAGCAACAACAGUUCCUAUGCUUCCCUUCUCCGCCUUCUCCGAUCUCAUUCACCAACCUCCUCACAGCUCUUUGGUUUCCUUGCUCUCUUCAUAUCCACCGGAAUCCUCCUCUUCCUCCUUGGUGUAACCGCGACGGCCACCACAAUAGCCUUCAUUGUGUUUCUUCCGGUGAUCAUCGUCUCGAGUCCGAUCUGGAUUCCCAUUUUUGUCAUCGUUGUCGGUUUCUUAACCGUCACCGGUUUUCUUGUCGGAACGGUGGCCGUUGUGUUGUGGACGUACCGUUAUUUCCGUGGAAUGCACCCGGUUGGAUCGGAUCAAAUGGAUUAUGCACGUAGUCGGAUCUAUGACACGGCCUCUCACGUCAAAGAUUACGCUAGAGAGUACGGUGGAUAUUUCCACGGCAGAGCUAAAGAUGCGGCACCUGGUGCUUGAUGACCUGAACCAGUCGGUAUAGUACUCUUGUUCAUGGUGAUAUUAACCGAUCGCGGUUCGGUUUUUAUGGAGGAUUAAUACGGUUCGUGGUAGUAUUACAUUUUGUUUUUUUUGUUUCCGUUUAUAAGAAGAAGAGCCAAAGAAUAUAUUUUGGUUAUGUACAAGCUUUUUAAGAUUUUGGGUGCGUGUGUUAAAUUUCAUUCGGUUAUGUUUGAAUUAUAAAUUUUGA